AUGGAGAAUAUGGAUGAAAUGAUGAAUGGACGGUUUCUUUCCAAGCCUCCGCGUCGGCCGUUAACAAUGUCGUCGCCUCCGUCAACCCUUCCAGCCGAAACCACGAUUGAGCAUGCUCCCGUGGUGGCGCCGGCUGAUGGAAGCAUGAAUUUGGUGGCGGCGGGUGAAAGCAUUUCGGUUGCACCACCGCCGCACGGACAAGAAUUAACGGCUUUAAACCUCGACGUUUUGCCGCGCGUCAACCUUGAAGAACUGGCUGAUGGAAUAAAUGGAAUGCUAAUGCAAAACCACGCGAACCCGCCACCGCCGGAGAAUAAUGGCAGCUUGAUGAAGAUGGAAUUUGUAGGACCGUCUAUUCCCACGCUCGAGGAAGCCCUUAAAAUUGAGAAAUCUGGACGCGAGCCUGAUGAGGAGAAAAAACUCAGGAGGACGAUAUCUAAUCGGCUCUCGGCUCAAAGGUCAAGAGUGAAAAAAUUAAAUUACAUUGCAGGAAUGAAGAAAAGAAUAAAGGCGUUAGAGGAUCAUAUGGCAUUUCUAAACCCCACAUUGGAGAUGUUAAAGCUGAAGCAAGCCGAGUUGAAGAACGAGAGGACCGUUUUGGAACAAAAACUGAAUCGAUGCAUGGAUCAAUCUAUCAUUUGCAACAGGCAGAUUGACGGGAAUAGGGCUGAAAUAACCAGGUUGAAGGAAUUGCUUGUGCUAAAAAAAGAGCACAAGAAAAUGAUGACUAGUAAUGAGAUUGGAAUCCCAGAUUCAACCUCGGCAAUUUUUGGAGUUUCUCCGCCCGAAAGCUUCACUUUUAGGACUGAAAGUUGUACCGGUUUCAAUUCUAAACAAAAUGGAGCAUUGUCGGACGCACUGAACAAUAAUGUAGAUCAUGAAGUUGGGAUCGAGCAAUAUCUGAACUUGGACGCCUUAGGUCUUUCUCCGUCCACCCAACCGACGAACGACACGAGUUGA